AUGAAUGAGAGGGGAUUGGAACACCUGAAUCACAUGAUAUGGAGGGGAUUGGAACACCUGAAUCACAUGAAUGGGAGGGGAUUGGAACCCCUGAAUCACAUGAAUGGGAGGGGAUUGGAACCCCUGAAUCACAUGAUUGGGAGGGGAUUGGAACCCCUGAAUCACAUGAUUGGGAGGGGAUUGGAACCCCUGAAUCACAUGAUAUGGAGGGGAUUGGAACCCCUGAAUCACAUGAUAUGGAGGGGAUUGGAACCCCUGAAUCACAUGAUAUGGAGGGGAUUGGAACCCCUGAAUCACAUGAUUGGAGGGGAUUGGAACCCCUGAAUCACUUGAUAUGGAGGGGAUUGGAACCCCUGAAUCACAUGAUAUGGAGGGGAUUGGAACCCCUGAAUCACAUGAUAGGGAGGGGAUUGGAACCCCUGAAUCACAUGAUAGGGAGGGGAUUGGAACCCCUGAAUCACAUGAUAGGGAGGGGAUUGGAACCCCUGAAUCACAUGAUAUGGAGGGGAUUGGAACCCCUGAAUCACAUGAUAAGGAGGGGA